AUAGGCGGCGAAGUGCAGCACUCGAAGUCUGUUGGUUAAAGAGUCUAUGUUCAGCUCGUUCGAUCUACGUACGUUCUAGUACGGUCGGAAGAGUCAGCACAGGUGCAACAAUCUACGAGGUCUUCUACUGGACAAAGAGAAUGACUGACUCUUUACUAAUGGACUUCGUCAGUUUUCCACUAGAAGAGAACACGACAUUGUUACCAAAUAAUGUGUCUGUGCCAAACAAGACCAAUAUGACGGGACCCCCUUCUAGUCUUUACACCGCUACUGUGAGAAGAGCCUUCGUUAUUGCGACUGGCAUUCCCGCUGGAGUAGAGACAAUUCUUUGCACGUUGGUUCUUUAUGCUGCUUUUCGCGUAAAAGCUUACCAUUCUGCGUUGAACUUUCUGGUGGUAAAUGCUGCAGCUGCUGAUCUGCUACGUGGAAUUCAUGGCUUCUUUGGUCCUCCAUUGUUCUAUGAUACGUUGGACUAUACAAGUGUAAACAAGGGACUAUGUGUAUGCUACAUGUGGACUCAUAUCAUGCAGUAUUGCUGGUCUAUGUGGUCCAUCGCUUUGAUUGCGUACAGUAGGUACGAUCUAGUAGCAAAUCCAUUUAGGAAGGUGGUGACCAAGAAAAUAGCCAUCAUUGCCGUCUUUGCUAUUCUCAUUGAAGGAAUCAUAUUUGCUAGUCUUCCUCUGAUGGGAUGGAAUAGCUACGGUCUAAUUCCUUUGCAACCGGGAAGUUUAAAAUACCGUUGUUCUGUCGCUGAUAAGAGACUAUCUAGUGGUCACAAAGCUUUCUUGCCUGUUUUUUAUGGAGUCAACUAUCUUCUACCGCUAAUUGUUGUCGUCGUAAGUUACGGUCUUAUUGUUCCCAUUGCUAUUCGACAAAGAAGAAGACGACUGGUUAGGGUAUCUUCAAGCAUCUUAUCCGGUUAUUCUAAUGGAUUGGAAGAAACACCUACACGCAGAAAGUCCAUUCAAGCCUCUGGUUGGUCUACCUCUAGCUCGUCAAGAUUGAGACGUGGUAGCGACAGUGUAGGUGCGUCUGACAUUCUUCGAUCUAGAGCAUUUUGCUAUGUGACUGUCAUUGUCGUCAGCAACGUCGUUCUCACCACGCCUUUUGCAGCGGCUGAGUUGCUUCGCUUAUUGGACAUUGUCGACGUCAAUGUUCUAGUCAUUCCUGUUGUAAAGCUUGUGUUUGCUCUCAAUUUUGUGGUUAACUCGUGCUUCUACGUUCUCUGGGUUCGCGACUUUCGUCAUGGCUUGUUGAACACUCUUGGAUGCUCAUCAUUUUUUCGGCGUCGACGUUGGAGAAAGAACUACAGCAAUUCUUCAAAGAGUGAAACCAAUUCGACCGGAAAGCACGGUGAACAAAGAAUUUUGAAGUCGAACAGACAUUGCACAACUAAAGAGGUGAAAACACUACAAGAAACGUCUGUCUAGUACAGUAUACAGGAUGUGACCUUUCUAUGGUAUUCACUUAAUUAAUUAAUUGUAUGGCCACCUACUAAAGACUACCAACUAUGUAGUGCUGCGUUUUGUUAUUUUAUUAUAUAUGCUCUUAGAGUUGCUAAACUAUCGAUAUUUAACACAAUGGUUUAACUAGGUUACUUUAUUUUUAUUUCUAAAUUUAAUUAAACCAGUAGCUAUUUUAUUAAAAGCUGUCAUUAAUAAAAAAUUAGAAGU